AUGUCGACACACUACACCCACUCCUAUUCCUACUCCAUCCCCAUGCCCAUCUCCUCCAAGGGCCAGGACUACGACUACCACAACACCUACUCCGUCUCGCCCCCUGAAGCCGACGAGUCCGUCAGCUCUGGCACCGGUCACUCCUACAGCCAGCCCAGUGGCUACUCUGUCGCCAACUCGAGCUACGCCGGCAGCAACAGCGGCGACUUUGACACCGUUCACUCCGCCUCGGGCGUCGACUUCAAUGAGUACAUGCAGGAUCGCUUCGCGCAGUCCUUUGACCCCAUUCCUCUUGACCGCAACAUUGCCAUCCAGGCACAGACAUCUGGAAAGCUCAAUGCCAAGCACCGCGAGCUCCUCGACCUGCAGGCCAAGGCGCAGGCUCGCCUGGCAAAGACGCGCGAGCGCUUCAACGAGGGCUACCGCGACGCCCAGGACGUGCGCAACGACCUUGAGUGGACGCAGAAGAAAGUUUCGUCUCUUAAGUCCAAGGCCUCACGAAAGCACACCAAGGAGUACAGCAAGGCGCGCGCGAGGUAUCCCUCGCCCGACGCUUACUAG